AUAAAAGAUCCAUCCAAUCGUUCGCCAAUGGACAGUCUGCUUGUGAAUUUGUUCUGUGCCGCGAACUAUUUGGGUGUUAUCUUGAUCGAUUCGGAAAUCAUACUACUGAUGAUGCAGUGCUAGUGAAAAGUUGCAAUACAAUGAAAAGUCUCAUCUUAAUUAUAGCCGGGGCGCUGGUUAUAGUGAGUACGGUCCAGGCAACGACUUACACGCUACAGUUCAACUAUGCCAACGUAGCUGCUACCAUCAAUACCGUUUCCAGAGAGCUAUUCGUGCAGAGAAAUGGAAGAGUUGCGCAGACAGCCUUCAUGGAUCAGGACUUGUCAUCGAUGAAUCAAUACGAAGAGAUCGCCAAUGGAUUCAAGUUGCGGAAUGCAAAUGAAGAGGAAAUCGAGUUCGUGAAAGACAUCGAUACAGCGGAGUUUUCGCUGUUCACGAUCGCACGCAGAGUUCGCGAUCGGUCUGUACAAGUGACGGAUUGUAUUCGGAUGACGGGAUCGAAUUGGUAUGGAGGACCGCAGCAAAAGUACCAAUAUUGGCCGAUUCAGAAGCUACGGUUCAACGAGUACUCGUUUUUGACCAAGGAGGCUGACAACUGUGCGGUGGCCGAUCGUUAUUGGUUGAACUCGCUGGGAUCGUUCGUCUACGUAGAUGACGAGACCCCGUUGUUCAUCGAUCAGAACUACGGUCAGCCUGGAUACAUGUGCUUGGAGGCGAAAAAAUCUCUGCCAUACGAUAUCUACGACCAAACGUACUCAUUCGUAUAUCAGAUAGGAGUAGCCCGGGAUGCGAAGGAAGCGCACAUGGCUGCAAUACAUAAUAUACUGGGUAAACCAUCAGGACAUCCAGCUGAAGCGAUGGUAAAAUACCCCAUUUGGUCUACUUGGGCGCGCUACAAGAGAGACAUAGAUCAACACGUAGUUCUAGAGUUUGCAAACGAGAUAGUAAAGAAUGGUUGGCCCAACAGUCAAUUCGAGCUGGAUGAUGACUGGGAAAUGUGCUACGGCGCACUGGAGUUCAACACUACCAAGUUUCCGAACAUCAGGCAAACAAUCAAUGAUAUACGAGCGGCCGGAUUCCCAAGAGUAACGAUCUGGAUUCAUCCGUUCAUCAACAAGGGAUGUGAACCGAUAUAUUCGCAAGCGAAGCGACUUGGGUACUUGGUAGCGGAUCACGAUGGAAACACCGAUACGGAAUGGUGGAAUAGCCAAACGGGACAAGCUGCCUACGUAGACUUCACCAAACCAGAGGUUGCACAGUGGUUCACGCAACGUCUACAGGCGAUUUUGGACGUCAGUGGAAUUGACAGCUUCAAGUUUGAUGCCGGUGAGACCAGCUGGACUCCUCCCGAUCCGCUGUUGAACGGACCGCGAUCCCAUCAGCCUAAUAUGAUCGUGGACGAUUACGUCCGAACGGUUGCCAAGUUUGGCGAUUUGGUUGAAGUACGUUCAGCUCAUCGCUCUCAGGAUCUGCCCAUUUUCGUUCGAAUGAUCGACAAAGAUUCCGAGUGGAACUGGAACAACGGCCUUCCGACGUUGAUUACGACCCUGCUGCAGAUGAACAUGGUCGGAUACCCAUUGGUUCUGCCGGACAUGGUCGGAGGCAACGGCUACAACGAUCAUCCACCAAACAAGGAGAUGUUCAUCCGGUGGCUCCAGGCUAACGUCUUCAUGCCAAGCAUCCAGUUUUCGUACGUUCCAUGGAAUUACGACAACGAAACGAUACAGAUAUCUAAGGCGAUGACUGAUCUACACGAAAGGUACACGCCGCAGAUCAUGGAGCGAUUCCAGUUGGCGGUUUCCGAUGGAUAUCCGGUAAAUCCACCGAUUUGGUGGAUCUCGCCGAACGAUACCGAGGCGCAAAAGGUUUAUGACCAAUUCCUGUUGGGUGAUAACAUCAUUUCGGCGCCGGUAACCAAGGAAAACGUCCGAGCCCGGGAUAUCUACCUACCGGCUGGUGACUGGGUGGAUGGCAACACGGGAACGGCGCACACUGGGCCCAAAUGGAUCAGGAGCUAUUCGGUGCCACUGAAAACGCUUCCGUAUUUUGUGCGGAAGAACACGUGAGAAUUUGUUACGAAAUAAAUGUGUUUGAAGUACCUUGAA